UUUGUCGUAAAUCAAACUUUGGUCUAUGCAUUAAAAUUAAAAAUAUAAAGUUCAAUGUUUUAAUUUGAAAUAUUUGAAUAAUAUAUCUCUAGGUAUAAAAUAUGAGUAGUAAUUUUGAUUUUUGUAAGUGAUUGUUUUCUGACUAAUUGAAUGUUCAAAUUAUAAAACGUAUAUAAUGAAUACAGAAGAAAGACGUGAAGCAAGACGCAAGAAAAUUUUAGAGAAUUCAGAAGUUAGACUUAAAAAAAUAACUUCAAUAAGUUCUAAUCAAAACAUAAAUAAUGAACAAUCAGAAUAUAUAAAAGACAAACCUGAAAAUUAUACACGGAAUUCUGAAUUGCCUGAUUCUCCUGUUCAGAAAUGUUUUAAAGAAAAUGUGAUAUCGACAGUUCUCGAAAAUCAACAAGUGUUUAAUCAUGAACCAAAUCAUUUCAAUCCAAAAUUACAUUCCAAAAAUAUAUAUGAAAUUAAAUUUUCAUCUAUUACUAUUUUACAUAUUGUAUUAUCUCAAAUUGUUUUAGUAUUAUUCUAUUAUGACUUAGGAUUUUUAUUUGGCAAUUCAAUAGUAGUGCCAUUUCUGCUUAGUACAAUACCUGAAUUGUAUAAAUCAAAGGAACAACAUGAUAAUAUACAUAUGAUUGUAUUAUUAAUGAUGGGAUUUUCUCAGAGUUUGGCAAGAAAUAUAUCUAGAUUUUUCAAAUUGGCAAGCACAACAGGAAAACGAUUUUGUAUAUAUAUGUUUUGCUUUAUAUGUUCAUAUGCAAUAUGCACUAACCUAUAUAUUGAUGUUAAACUUCAUAAUUCUAUUCAGUAACAAAUGUAUUUACUAGCAAAAUGUAUAUUUUUAUUUUACAAUGGUAUUAAUAAAUUUAAUGUUGAUUUUAAUAUUUUACGCCAUUGGAAUAUGUUUUUGGGAGUUUUUAA